AUGUUGCGUAAGCCUUCCGAAUGUCACUUCCUGCUGCUUCAUCUUUUGAUUGUUGGUCUUGCAUGCGCGCGGAUCGUCGAAGUGUCUGAAGUGACACGCGAGAAGAAAGUCUCCUCCGACGAGAGUCUUUCGGGGAAUCAAUAUGCCGUUCGCGAGACGACGACAGUCGCGUCACUGAAAACGGUCACCGGCGGUAGUAAUAGUCGGAAAUUAACGUCGCCGAUUGUCGAGCCUCUUCCUCGAAACGGUACCAGCGUCUUCAAGCCUAGCGUGCACUUAGGCGAGAUCGAGCAACCGAAGCCUCGGACGAGUUUUCCCUUCAACAACGUGCCACACGUGAGAUUCGAGGGUAACUUGGACAGUAACUUGCAGUAUGAGCGAUCCCAAGAUGUUCUUCAGGACACGUAUCAGGGCGUGUCCGGUCUGUUAGACGAGGCAACGCGACCGAGUCGAGUUAAGUUUCAGGACGACGGCGCGGUUCGAACGCCGAGUAUCCAUCAUCCCUUCGACGUUCAGCAAGCCGUUACGGAGAGCACAGGAUCGCAGGUCGAAGAUGUCAAACACAUGUUUAUCGAUCAAAUGUACUUCCAAAAUAGGCCGGAGAUGCAGGAUACGUCGGCGAUUUUCGGAAAAGCGACCAAGUCUCCGUACCUCAUCAGCUAUCAUGUCAGCAACAAUCCGGGCGUUUAUCAGCCGAUGUCGCAGGAGAUGUCGUUCGAGAUGAUGAAGAAGCCGGACAGCGACGACGUCUUGGUUGUUCAGCAAGAGUCCACUUAUACGAGGAAGCACAAGUUUCCCUAUCCGUUUUAUCAACCAAGCAACGAUUAUAUGCAAUUUGUGGACGAGCCGCGCUAUUCGCCUCAUCUGCAAAUGAGAAGAAUGUCUCCUUGGAAGAAGAUUAUUCAUCUAAUCGGUACUAUUCUGCCGCUGGGUUUGCUAUUGGCGACGCUAACGCCCAACGUCGUGCGGAUUAAUAAUACAACUCAGCCAAGCAUUGUUCUCUCAAAACUACGAGCCGCUGAUCUGCCGAUCGAGCACAAGCAAGCUCGUUCGCUCGACGAUGAAUCAUCGGCUGUUUGCGAGGACCGAUCGAUCUGUGAAUUGAUCUUGGCUGGCGGUGAACCGGAAUCCAACAUUCUGCAAAAUAUUCUUUGGAACUUGGCUACUAGAACUUCGGAUAACGUCGCAAAAAGAAAUGGUCUUCGUGAAGUUUUCGGCGCCGUGAAGAAAAAGAAUUGUACGAUGAUCAACUGUUAAUGAUCAGCUUACAGCUACACAACAGUGUUCUCUUUACUUGUUCGUUGAUUUAUAGAGUUAAUGUUUAUACGUUAAUUGUAAAUUA